AUGGGAGACCGAGGGACGCAGCGCCAGAAGCCGAGCCGCCGCCCCGAAGUGUCUGUCUUUGUCGGAGCUCUCCGCAGGGUAAGUUCCAGCCCUGGAAAUGGCUCCAGCACGGAGCCGCGAGCCGCCAACUCGUCCGCCGCCUUCGCCAACAUCGACGACGGCGGUGGCAUCGACCCCAGGGACUUUGCGCAGGGGUAUACGGACGUGCAGACGCUGAUGCUGGCCGGCGUGUGCACGCUCAUCGUGCUGGUGUUCGCGCUGGGCGCCGGAUUCGCCGUCAGGAUCGCGUGGCGGAAGCUGCGGGAGCGCGCCGCCGACGGCUACACGGGGGUGGUGCACCGCGACGACAGCAGUGACCCCCUGCAGGGCGGCCCAGGGGGCUGCCGCGGCGCCGCCGCCUCCACGCACUCCAGCGGCAACCUGCUCGCCGACGAGCUGAAGGCGGCCGCCGCCCACUGCUCCGCUCACAACGCCGUCGCGGACUGCGCCGCCAUCGAUGACGUCAGCUCCCAGUCACCGCUGCUCGCCGGCAGCGCCUCUGCCGGCAGCGUGCGCAGCCACGCCAACGGUAGCGUUAUCACCAUGACUCUGAAAAACAAUCACCUCAUUGUCGAGACGCAGGACCGAGCGGUGCGGCUGCAGGACGGCGCCACCAAGACGACGACGACCACGUUCACGACGUCGGCGUCGCCCGAGCACGAGCCGGUGUUCGUGGUGGAGGUGACGCAGCCGCGCGGCUACUCGGCGCUGCCCGCCUGCGGCGACGCCGACGCGGACGCGGGCAACCCCGGCGCCUGCAGGCAGGCCGCGCCAGCCGCCAGUCAGCGCGCGCAGGUAGGCGCGGAGGCGGCGGCGUCUGGGCCUCUGGCCAACACGGGCCUGUCGCAAUCCGACCUGAGCGUGUCUUCGGCGGGCUCGGCCAACCCGAGCUACCGCUACGGCAACCAGACGGGCUACGACGGUGGACCGUUCGGCUACCCGCAGUACGCCGGAUACUGCGUCGAGGCGGCCGCCCCCGGCGCCGCGCCCUCCGCCUCCGCCUCGGCCACCGUCACGCCGGGAUCGGCGCGCAGGCCCGUCUUCUGGGGCGGCCAGGACUCGAUGCUGAGCAGCGACCAGCAGUCGGAGCAGCUGCUGUCUGACAUCUUGCAGGAGGAGCUCCUGCAGGAGGAGCAGCGGCAGCUGGGCAACGGCAGCGACUCGGCGGGUCUGGGCCUCCACCGCACCGGCAGCCUGCCGCCCCGAGUGCGCGCCGAGCCGACCCAGGAGGAGAGUGGGGCGCAGCAGCCGAGCAGCAGGCUGGAGCCCGUGGCGGAGGCCGCCGCCCCCAGGGCCGCCUACAGCCCCCGGAAGCGCGCGUCGCUGCCCGCCAUCUCGGCCGGCCUCUGCAGGCCGUCCCCGCGUCUCGAGGGCUUCAGGAACGACAUCUCGCCGCUGCGGGAGGUGGCCGACCAGAGUCCCGAGGCCGAACGGUGCACCGGCAGCAGGACUUUGCAAGAUGGCGUCAGUGAAAAGCCUUUCGAGAACAAGUCUUUCGUGUCAACAAAUCAAAUGGCGAGCUAACUUUGUAGCUCAGACACUGUACUAAGGCCACUAGUGACACGAGCAAUGGAAUCUGAAAAUGGUGAACUAGGUUUCGCUCAAUACUGACGGGAAACGAAACCGAUAAUUAAUGUGUCGUACAAGUAUUGAACUUCAUUAAAUCCCAUGAAGACGUGACAUGUAACCAGGCAACUGAUUGUAUCAGUUACUUCUUUCAGAAAAAGUAACUGAAUCUACGUAUAUAUAAU